AGGGUUAUGGGAUGAACUAGUCAGUGCUAAGUGGACGCCAGUGCAGAGAGCUGCUGUCUCUCCUCUCCUAGGGAAGAUCAGUGGCUCCGUGGACAGCUAUCAUUGUUUGUGUCUUACGUGCAGAGAGCUGCUGUCUCACCUUUCCAAGGGAAUAUCUGUGGCGCAGUGGACAACUGUCCUUGUUCGUGUCAUACGCUCGCUUGUCUGCUGUCUGGACGCAGCCGUAUGUCUGCUCUCACAGCCUCCAUUCUCUGCUGUUUCGAGUGGGUCGUCCUCUGCCGUCUCAAGGGACCCGCCUGGUGUUGUCUGUGCAGAGCCAUCCUACGCUGUCUAAGCGCUCCGAUUUGUCUACUGUCUCAACGCUGCCGUCCAUUUGUUUACGAAGUAGUGCUGUCUCUCUGAAAGUCCACAACAUAUUGGAUGUCAAUGCCCAAGAGUAUCAUAUUAACAACUAAUUGUCAUCUUAGUGUCAAGUGUCAACCGCAGAAUGUCAUCUUAGUUCCAGAGUGUCACCUAAGUCUCCGAGGAGUCACAUUAAUCUCUGAGUGUCAUAUUGGUGAAUUCCGUGGAACUUUUGGACAAGAAACGCACAUACACUCGCGCCUGUGAAACAAGGAAGGUGUUGACACUCAGAAGCAGAUUUACUGAGUGAUCUGAGUGGUGUGUUUUGUUGAUCAUCCAUCAGGAAAUUAUCGAAGGGCCUCAUCCAUCGUUACGUAGUACUGGUGUUGCUCCAGCUUGAAGAUGAGCGGCAGCAGCAGCAAGUUUGAUGACCUCCUCACUCAACUGGGCACCGGCAGGUGGAACCUCCUCUACUUUCUAACGUCCUCCUACUGGUGUUUGCUGGUGCCUCCCCAGUUCAUUAGCGGUGUCUACCUGGCCCCAGCCAUUAACUACACCUGUCGUCCACCUGAAUCUGAAGACAGUGUUCAUGUGUCAAGAGACUCAUGCUACUACUCAAUCAACAAAUCGUCUUUGGUGGGUGUGGAGGAGGAGGAGCCUUGUACUGAGUGGGACUUUGACACCUCUGUCUUCAGCACCACUCUCACCUCUGAGUUCUCACUGGUGUGUGGACGGGAGCACCUCAGAGCCACCUACCAAGGAGUCUACAUGCUAGGCACCUUCCUCAGCCCCUUGCUAGGUGGCUACCUAGCUGACAGGUACGGACGGUGGAAGGUCGUGAUGGCUACACAAGUCGUGACAGUCAUCACAGCCAUAAGUCAAUGUUUCAUACACAGCUUCAUGUUCAUCCUCGUGCUACGGUUCUUCAUGGGCUCCGUCAACCUACUCACUCUCUUCAUCUUCGCUCUGGAGGUAUGUGAGCCCAAGCACAGAGCUUUAGUGGGUAUCCUGACUGGGCUGCCCUGGGCGCUGGGCACCAUGCUCUGGGGUGCCCUGGCUUACUGUAUUCGUGACUGGAGGUGGUUACAGGCUGCUGUGUCCUUCCCGAUCCUCCUCAUCCUUAUUCCUAUUUACUUCCUGGACGAGUCUCCACGCUGGCUCAUCGUGAACGGACAUCACGACAAGGCCUUGCUGGUGCUGCAGAGAGCUUCUCGCUGGAACAAGGCAACACUACCUCCUGAAGAGGAUCUUAGAGCUCUCAUGAGGAACGUACAAGAAGAGUCGUCGAUGCCGGUCAAGGUGAAGGAGGCAGCCCAUGAAGGUCUUGAGGUGACCAAGAAGCACUGCAGAUCCCCUAGACUACCGGGUUUGAUUAGCACUCGUGCCAUCACUGUGGUCACUGUAGUGGUAUGUCUAGACUACUUCGCUGUAUCACUGGUGUUCGACGGGCUUAACCUGAGCGGUGACAACUACAGUGCCGACCCCUUCCUCUACAUCGUGCUGGGAGGGCUGAUGGAGGUGCCAGGGUAUACCCUCACUGCCCCAGCAAUAGACCGCUGGGGCAGGAGGAUGCCCACUGCCCUGAGUUAUAUCCUCUGUGGCAUCCUUCUCCUUGCUCUGGCUUUUAUACCUCCUGACAUGUCGUGGUUGGUGAUGACGCUGGCCAUGGCUGGCAAGGUGUGUAUCAGUGGAGCUUUCCAGCUCAUCUACGUCUACUCCUCGGAGCUCUUCCCUACAGAGGUCCGACUCCAGGGCAUCGGAGCCGCCUCCGUCCUCGCCCAGCUAGCCUCCACCAUCCUGCCUUACAUCACCACCUUCCUGGGACCGCUGGUACCAUGGGCGCCGUCAGUAAUAUUCGCUGGGGUGUCACUGGCGUCUGGUGUCAUUACCUUGGUGUUGCACGAGACAGCAGGCAAGGCGCUACCUGACACCAUCACAGACCUUACGCACAUCCGCUCACUCAAGAACCAGGAAGAGAAUGUUGAUCCUUCAGAAAUAGAGAAAAUUGCAACUUAAAGGCGGGUGUGUUAAGGGUUAACUCAACUAAAUUAAAAUAUCAUUGUGUUCUGUCGCACCCCACGAGAGGAGGCUCGGGAUCAUUGGAUUUUCCAUCUGCAGCCAGUAAAGGCCAGAAUGGUAAAACAUUUAGACCCAAACAAAAAGAUUUGUGCCAGUGUACACUUUGCAUUCAGUUAAGAAUGCAUAGUAAUGUGUAUAAUUUGAGACCGACGAAAAUUACCAUGUAUUAUCCUCGUACUUUCAGUAAUGAUACUAUUCACCAUAUUUUCGUAAAUAAAGAAUUUCACUGCAAA